UUGACCUCUCAUCCACAGAGGGUCUUGUUCCUGCUCAGUGGGACUCUGUCUGAGGUCCACCUGACUCUCUGCAGACCUGUUCCUGGAGUACCGUCUCAACUGGACGCUGACACACUGGUUCCAUUUCCAUCUCCUACCAGUGGGGUGAGGUCCAAGUCUCUAGACAUCAGGCUGGGAGAAGACUACAGCCAGCUGCUCAAGCUACAGUCACACCAGAUUCACCAGAACCAUCAGUACAACAAGGAGAACCAGGCCCAGAAGGGGCCCAUGAAGUCAUCAUAUGCCCAGGAACAAGCCUCCGGUCAAGAGAGUCAGGACAGCGACAUGAAAGCAGCUGAGAAACAGCCAUCCUCACUCUCUCCCACCCCUCCCUCACCCCCCUCCCCGAUUUCCCUCGCCAGCAGAAGUGACCCAGCAGACCAUGAAGAGUUGUCUGUUGUGGACGAGGAAGUUUCCAAAGAAAUUUGCUUGGCAUCUGGUGGGUCCAAGACCAGCGUUAGUCCCAUGUACACCAGCCUGCACCCCUCCCAUGCACAUGUACUAGCUGGAGACAGGAGACAGAAGGGGAGGAGGAUGAAAAUGAUGAUGAGGAUCCCAGAAAGGGUAUGAUGAAGGAGUUUGAAAUGUGUGUUGUUCUGACCAAGUUGUGGCGUGGAAGUUUUGGGUUCACCAUCACACGCAGCAAACUGGAUGCCUGCUACUACAUCCAGGACAUACUGGACAACCCUGCUAAGACUGACGGACGGCUCAGACCAGGGGACAGACUAGUCACGGUCAACGGCCAGGAUGUGACAAACGUGACAGAUGAGGUUGCCAUGUCGAUCCUGAGGUCAUCUCCUAGGAGGCUGAGUAUGACUCUGGGGAGGGCAGUGACCAACCUGAUAGCUCCACCUUCUCCAGACAACCUGCAAGACAUCAUUCUACACAAGACACCUACUGGACAGCUUGGUAUAAAGCUGACAGGUGGUAUAGGCAGCAAGAGGCAGGGGAUCUACUGUCUGGAGGUGGUUCCUGGUUCACCUGCCUGUGAGGAAGGCAGCGUCCAACCAAACGACAGGAUCCUGUACAUCUGUGGCCGAUGCACCAUGGGAAUGACUUUGGAGGAUGCUGUCAAGGCCUGCGAGAACGCUCCACGCAAAGUGAAACUCAAGGCCACCAGAGAUGAUCAGCCUGUGACGCCCAAAGCCAAGAGGAAUGGUCUCAGUGACCUGAGAGAGUGGAAGAAGGAGAAGGAAUGGAAGUAUUUCACUCAUUUUGAGGUACCUGUCUCUCCUGAGCCAGAGACACCUACUGAGCAGGCUAAAGCCGUGACCGAGACCACUGGGAAAUUCAGAUCACGUCUCUCUGUCACCUCAGGUCAAGAUAGCUGUAUCUUGCAGAUAGAUGUCUGUAAGCCAGAGGGAGGGUGGCUGGGCUUUGCUCUGAUUGGAGGAUGCAAUGGGAGCGUGCUCAGAGUGAAGAAGAUCUGCACUGGAGGCGUGGCCCACCAAGACGGGCGGCUCAGAGUGGGAGACAUACUGCUCGAGGUGAAUGGGAUAAUAGUAUCAGGUCUGAGCCACAGUAAGGUGGUGGAUAUCCUCCGUAAGGUAAAGGGAAACGUCCAGCUCAACAUCUGUAGAGACAUCAUACGACGGGCCAAUACAACACCCUGCACUGAUGGUUUCUUCUAUAUGGCCUCUUGCCCUAGAGACAACAUGGCCGCCUGCCCUGGGUCAAAUACGGCCUCCUGUCCUGGAUCAGGAUCCAAUAUGGCCUCUUGUCUUGGAUCAAAUAUUUGCCCUUGUCCUGGAUCAAAUAUGAUGACCUGCCAAGGAGUCAACAUGGGGGAUAAAGCAGAGCUAGUCUCUAAACCUGCUGCCUGCUCCUUACCUGAUGUCAAGCAGGAGGACCUUCCCCCUGAGUUGACUUCAGAUCCAGUACCUUAUGUAGAGGAGGAUGCCCCCCUUUCUCCCCCCCACCUCUCUCCUACCCAUCAUCCCACAAACCGCCUGCAGGCCCUGACAGAAGGCAUGGCUGGACAGGAGAGCUGUACCAGUAUACCCUCUCAUCCGGCUUGUUGCCUGUCUAGCAAGAGUGUGGCUAACUUGCUGCAUGAAGCCUCUGACAGGAACCAAAUCUCUGUGACGACAUUGGGCGAACCCAUCACGGGCAGCAAGAACAGCCAAUCAGAUGGCUGGAGCAGCGUGGAUGAGGAUGAUGGGGCGUUUGAAGCUAAUGGUCAGGAGACGAUGUCACCUUCCUCAGGCCCACCUAUAGUUUCAGAAGAAGAGUUGGCCAGCCUAGCCAUGAUCAGUCCAGCUAAAACCAGUCAAUACUCUGGGCCCAGAGUGAAAGCCCUGAUACAGAUACUACAACAUCAACUAGACCAGCAAGAACUGGUCCGAGAGUUCAUGGCCUUGGAGCAUCUACAGCCAUUUGAUAACUGUCUGGUGGGGAAAGCUCCUGAGAACCGGGAGAAGAACCUCUACCGGGACAUCCUGCCCUAUGAUAAGGCGCGUGUUCUAGUGGGUGAUAACCAGGACUAUAUUAACGCCAGUUAUAUCCGUAUGGAGGUUGGCAGUGAGGAGUUAUUCUAUAUCUCCUGCCAGGGUCCUCUGCCCUCCACCGUGCCUGACUUCUGGCAGAUGGUCUGGGAGAACAGGUCUGAUGUGAUAGCCAUGAUGACCCAGGAUGUGGAGAGAGGCAGGGUGAAGUGUCACCGCUACUGGCCAAAGAAGGUUAGCUGUCCCCUGGACACGGGACGCUUCCUUCUCAGCCUGGAGAACCAGCAGAUCCAGGAAUACUUCCACAUCAAGAUCAUCCGCAUGGUGGAGAAAGAGUCUGGUAAGACCCACUUUGUCCGUCACCUGAAGUUUACCCGUUGGCCUGAUCACGGUGUGCCGCAGUGUUCAGAGCAGCUGGUCAGGUUUAUCCGUUACCUCCGAGCGGUCCACCAUAAAGGACCUGUCACUGUACACUGUAGUGCUGGAAUAGGACAAACAGGAGUACUGAUCUGCACCGAUGUCAUACUGAGUCUCAUAGAAUACGAUCUCCCGAUCAAGGUCAGUAGCAUUGUUAGGGAGAUGAGACUGCAGCGAUAUGGCAUGCUUCAGACCAAGGAACAGUACCUGUUCUGCUACAAGGUAUGGUUGGAGGUUCUACAGGGCAUCCUGCAGCUGCAUGGUAACCGAUGGUAUCCUGAGAGCCCCCGCAAAUUGCAACCCGAGAGCCCCCCGCAAACUUAUGGGCCCUCACAAACACAGUAACCGAUGGCAACCCGAGGACCCCCAUGAAGAUAACCAAUUUGUUUAACCAGUUACUUCCCCCCUUCCCAAAGAAGAUACCUUAUCAAUGAAGAUGUGUAAUAUUUGAAUAGUUGACUGUGUAAGUAAUACAUUUGUUAGCAGUUGAUUUUGUUAUGAGCACUGGAAGUAUGUGUUUUAGACAACUACUUUAUUUGUUGUCAUGCCUAACAUGACUAUUAACAGUUGGCUAUAGCACAUAUAGAUGGAAGACCAGGCUAUGUUUCUGAGGUGUUUUGAUAUUUGGGUUAUGCAUUUAUUGAUGGAGGUAGACAUUCUUACUGUUGGUUCUUUCUGUGUUCUCAAACUGUGAUUAGUAUUUAAAAAUUGUGAAAUAAGUGCAUGUUAAUCAUUUAUUUAUUCUGUCCAUGACUGAAACCAAAAGUGAAUAGAAUCAAGUGCCUUGGAAAGACUUGCAGUUUUAUGUGACACUGAUUAAUAAUCCAGGUUUCUGGGGGUGAAUCCAAACAUGCGAUCUUGGAGUGCUAAGAGACUCAUAUUUUUGUUUGUUUCACCCCCAGAAACGUGGAAACCAGGUUUGAUUGAACAGGAACCUCAGUACAAAUGCUCUGUGUGAUUCUGUAAGGAAUGUCUGCCCGAUACUGUUUUUGUUCGAAUCUUGUUGUCCCAAAACUCUGAUUCACUGUGUGAAUUUUGCAGCACAGUAGUGAAACUCUAUUCAUUUUGCAGUCUAAUCUCUAUGACCACUGAACAAGCGCUUGAAGUUUGAAAUAUAAUGGGGGUCAAAUGCACAAAAUCAUUGUACAGUAACAUCACCAUUGUAGUUGCAGUUUCAGUAGCAUGAUAAUAUACCUCACUGUAACAUUCACUACCAGUACAGUAUAGCCUCGGUCUGAUCACUGAUCCUCCUAUUACCUUGGACCGUCAAAUAAAAGUUGUUCUGAAAUACUG